AUGAGAAAGAUGAUCGCCACUGAUGGUAAGGACUGGGACCAUUUAUUACCAUAUUUAAUGUUCUCCAUCCGUGAGGUCCCACAGGCAUCCACAGAGUACGCCCCCUUCGAGCUGCUGUAUGGGAGAUGGCCACGAGGGCUACUGGACCUCGCGAAGGAGGCCUGGGAACAGCAGCCGUCCCGACAGCGGUCCCUCGUGGAACGUGUGGAGUCCAUAGACCAACGAAUGGCGAGAAUCUGGCCGAUGGUCCAGGAGCACAUGAGUCCGGCCCAAGUGAGGGGAAAAGAGGAAGAGACUCUGGUGGGACACGAGGGCCUGCUGGGGGAUCACCCGAACCACAGAGAAGGGGAGCAGACGGACCUAGGGGUCCUAUACAUCCUCUCUCCAUAUCCAUAUCCAGAUGAAGAGGAGGACUCCGAGCCAGAACUGACUAACGAAGACAUGCGACUGGCCGGCUACACUGACAGGGUAAUAAGAACUGCAGUCGAAGGAGGAUACAGCCACCUGAGAGGAGUAGUUAGAGACGCCAUGAAUAACCCAAUCAUAGAGGAAAGAGAUUCAGAUGGAAGAUAUAGCAGGCAACGCCUAUCUUCUGAUAUUCAAGAAAGGGAGUAUGACAAUGAUCCAAGUCCCCCUGAACCUCCUAGCGAGAGAAUAUGGAAAGGACCUGAAACCAGAUCAAGAACAAGAGAAAGAAUGAGGGCCUUGGACCAGAGACAGGUGAUUGAGGAUGAGCUGAGAGAGAGGGCCGAGAAGCUGGAGACUCGGCAGGCAACGGAUGAUGCCAGUCUGCUGAUCCUGAACCGAUACUGGAACCAGUUUGAUGAGAACAUACGUCUGAUUGGCCGCCGCUAUGACCAAUCUGGAAAUGAGUCUGUUGACUUCCUGACCGGGGAAGGGCGGAACCUGAAGCCAGAUACACCGGAGCCUGAUGGAGACUCCAAUCAAGAGAGAGUGCGAGACAGAGGCCACCAGGGUGAGACAGCCACUUCUUUCCUCGCCACUCUGGCCAGCAGCAGCAGUGAGGAGAUGGAGGUGGAGCUGCAGGAGCGGGUGGAAGCAAGUCGACAGCUGACCAAUCAGGUGGUGGAAAUCUACAACAGUUUGAAGAACACCGUGAACUCCCUGGAGAAGGAGCUGGAUGCUGGCGACAACAGUGUCUGGCAGGUUACCGCCAAGCUGAACUCCCUUCUGGGCAGUGAAAACGAGCGAUUGCGUCAGCUGACCGAUGAGCUUCAGCAGAGGCACUUGCACAUGACCAAUGAGUCUCGUUCUUUGGGCCGGGCCAUGACACGGGCAGAGAGCCGGGUCGGCGAGCUGCAGGUUCUGAUAGAGGAGCUCCAGUGGGACAUGGAAAAGAUCCGGCGGAGGGAGAAUCGGCUCAACACACACCUGGGCGAGGUGUUAGAGAGGGUGAACAGUAAAGGGUACAAGGUGUGUGGGGAGGCUAGCAGCGUGUGCGGCAGCAUCACCAUUAAUAAGAGGAAGUUUGAGGAGAUGAACAGCGAGCUGGAGGAGAACAGGGAGCUAGCGGAGAAUCGGCUCAGCGAGCUGCAGAAACUGCAGCAGGACCUGCAGGCUGUAAAUCAGGAGAACGGCAACAUGAGGGUGGAGUUGUGCUCUCGGGCGGAGGAUGUGGUGAAGGAAAGUUCAGAGUACCGCUGUCUGCAGUCUCAGUUCUCUGUGCUCUAUAACGAGUCUCUGGUACUGAAAGGCCAGCUAGAUGAAACCAGAGCCCGGCUGAACACGACCAGAACAGCCCGACUCCGGCAGCUCGACCACAUGGAGAAUGAUGAAGUUUCUCUGCAGAGGAAGGUUCGCACAGAGGUGAUCCAGCUGGAGGACACACUGGCACAGGUCCGAAAGGAGUAUGAGAUGCUGAGAAUUGAGUUUGAGCAGACCCUCGCUGCCAACGAGCAAGCAGGCCCGAUUAACAGGGAGAUGAGACACCUAAUCAGCACCCUGCAGACUCACAACCAGCAGAUGAAAGGGGAGGUGAUGAAGUACAAACUGAGACUGAGAGAGGCACAGGCAGAGCUGAAUCAGAGUCGAGCUAUGAAGGGCAGCUCUGUACUCCAAUCACAGUCCAGCACAGAACUUGAAGUCAAGGAAGAGACCGCCUCACCAAUUACCACUGCCCCCCCCUGUGACAUCACAGUCAAGACGGAACCAGACAAUGGGUCUGCUACACCCACCAGCACUGGAACCUCAGUGAAGACUGAGACAGAGAUGGAGGGAACAGUGAAAGAAGAGGAGAGAGAGAAGGAGAGAGAAAGGGAGCGAGAAAGAGAACGGGAGCGGGAGAAGGCGGCGCGUGGCAGCGGGGGAGGGGGUUCAGUGAAGGAUGAGAAGGAGAGGGCCACCACCAGCACCAGCAGCCAGUCAGAGGAGCAAGCAGCAGAACGCUGCACUGUGAUUGGUGCACCAAAGAGAAAGGAGGUGGAGCAGCUGAAAAUGGUCAGAGUGGAGCUGAAGAAAGCUCAGGAAUCGCAGCGAGAGAUGAAACUGUUAUUGGAUAUGUACCGAUCAGCCCCGAAGGAGCAGAGAGACAAAGUACAGCUCAUGGCGGCAGAAAAGAAAGCCAAAUCUGAGGCUGAAGACCUGAGACAGAGGCUGAGGGACCUGGAGGAGAGGGAGAGGAGGGAGGGGAAGAAGAUGGCAGAUGAGGAGGCGCUGAGGAAGAUCCGCUCUGUAGAGGAACAGAUUGACACGCUCAACAAAAAGCUGUCCCUCGCCAAGCAGGAAGAGGACGCCCUGCUGAGUGAGAUGGACGUGACGGGCCAGGCAUUUGAGGACAUGCAGGAGCAGAAUAUUCGGCUCAUGCAGCAGCUCAGGGAGAAGGAUGAUGCCAACUUCAAGCUCAUGAGCGAGAGGAUCAAGUCUAACCAGAUCCACAAACUACUGAAGGAGGAGAAGGAGGAGUUGGCUGACCAGCUGCUCACACUCAAAACACAGGUGGACGCCCAGCUUCAGGUGGUGAGAAAGCUGGAGGAGAAGGAGCGCCUCCUGCAGAACACUAUCAUUACGGCGGAGAAAGAGCUGACGCUAAGGACUCAGGCCCUGGACAUGAACAAACGCAAGACGCAGGAGUCAGCCCAACUCUCAGAGGAGAUCCGCGCACAGCUGGAUACCGUGCAGCAGAAGCUGAGUGGUGUUCGAGAGGAGGUGAUCGAGAACAGCCUCUCCCGUGAAAAGGAGUCCUUCAAUUCCCGCAGGGCCCAGGAGGACAUUUCAAAGUUGAGGAGGAAACUAGAGAAAGCCAAGAAGCCAGCCGAAAACAUUCCGAACUGUGACGAGAUUCUCAACGAGGAAAUUAAGGACUACAAGGCACGUCUCACCUGUCCAUGCUGUAAUUCCCGGGUGAAGGACGCAGUCCUCACAAAAUGCUUCCAUGUUUUCUGCUUUGAGUGUGUAAAAACACGAUAUGACACGCGUCAGAGGAAGUGCCCUAAGUGCAAUGCCGCCUUUGGUGCCAACGACUUCCACCGCAUUUACAUUGGAUAGGCUCCACUCUCACUCUGGUGUGCAGUGAGGGGAGGUGGGAUUGGGAGAAAGUGAAAACACCUUUGUAGACUGGUUACGUAUGGUUGAUUUGACAUUUGUGGUUUGACAAAUGGCUACAUUCUGUGAUUGGGAUUAACCUCACCGCCCUGCUCCAACACCUUUCCUUGAGGACCACAAAAGGCAGGACUGAGUAGCCUGAAGGAUAGAUGGAUGUUGCGUGGAUGAUGGUUUUAUUUUUUCUUUGCUGUGCAUUGUGCGGGUGUUUGUGCUGCAGCCUUUGAGGGGCUCAGGACCCACUCUCCCUCGUAAAAUAUUUCUGUCUCCGGAAGAACCACCCCACCUCCAGUCUGUAGAGAGUAUUCAGUAGUCAGUUCGGGACACAAACCUGCCCCCCUUCAGCCCAAACCCACCUGAAAUCAUAGGACUUCAGUUUUUAGGAGAAGCCUGCUUCAUGCAUCCCGAAGAAACACCAAAACUGGCUUACUGACCAGGUCCCGGUUCUUGUUAACCUUGGGUGACUGAUUUUUGCUGUUAUUGGGUCUGUGAUUGUGUGACUAUGUUACUGUUCACGAUGAUGUCCUGCGCUUGUAUUGUGUGGCCAUCAGUUUGUCUAUCAGUCUUUGGUUGUAGCUUAGUCAUUGUGUUUUUGUAUGUUGUCUUUUUUUUAAAUUUGAUUAUUUGACAAGCCGUUUUAAAUUCAAGGUAUAGGUUACUGUCAUACUGACAUAAUUAUGCUUUUUUUGAUUGCCAACUUGCAAUUAAUAAAAAAGGUCUAAAACCAA